AUGAUCGGAGCUGUAAUAGAAAUUUAUGAAACUGCUUAUCGAGUUGAUCUUUUUAUGCUUCUGAAUGAGGCAGUAAAUCGACGUAAUGAAUUGCAAACUUUAAAAGAUCGCCAAGAUCAAUUAUUACUUUCUGUUAUUCCUGCAUAUCUCACGGAUCGAGCAAGUAAAGGUAUAAUGUCAAUUUCUGAAAAUGUUAGUAAGAAUAAUCACCAGCAUCGAAAAUUAUUUCACGAGCUUUACGUUCAAUAUCACGCAAAUGUGAGCAUACUUUUUGCGGAUAUAGUCAAUUUCACGGUGCUUGCGUCAAAGUUAAGCGCAAAAGAACUCGUUCACACUCUCAAUGAAUUAUAUUCAAAAUUUGAUCGAGAUGCGCAGAAACUUCAAUGUAUGCGGAUCAAAUUUUUGGGUGACUGCUAUUACUGUGUCAGUGGUUUGCCUGUGAAUAGGCCUAAUCAUGCGGAUAUGUGCGUUAUUAUGGGCCUUGAAAUGAUUAAGACAAUUAAACAAGUUCAAAUAGCGACCAAUGUUGACGUUAAUAUGCGUAUAGGCGUACAUACGGGAUUUGUAUUAUGCGGUGUUCUUGGCCUUCGCAAAUGGCAAUUUGACGUUUGGAGCGAUGAUGUGACUCUUGCAAAUCAUAUGGAAUCAGCUGGAAGACCAGGAGCGGUUCACAUUACAAAAGCAACAAAAGAACUUCUUUUUGGCGAGUAUAAUAUUAUCGAAGCACAUUCAAAAGAUCCAAUACUCACUGCGCUUGGACAACCAACUUACUUCAUUUUACCAGAUAAAACGACGAUUUUUCAACGUGCAGUAUCUAUUCAUCAUAGAAGAAGAAUGAUUACUGAUCAAGAAGGAUGUAAUGACUUACCAUUCUCUCGAUCAUUUAGUCAAAAAUCAUUCAAAUCAAAAGCAUCAAAAAUUGUUGAAUAUUGGGGCGCAGAAACACCAUUUGCUAAUUUGUCUCGAACAUCUUCAGAUCUUUUACUUAAGGAAGAAGGCAAGCAUGCUGUAGUGUGUCGUGAUUCAAAUGCAAUUCAAAGUUUAACACUAAUUGAAAAUAAUUUUGCGAGCCAUGAGAUCAAAACGUAA